CGAGAGCAAUCGCCGCCCCCUGCCCCCGCCUUUUCCUGCCCUGGAUCUCCGCCGCCGUCGCGCGGCUCCCCGGCGGGGGUUUGGCGUUGUUGUCAGCCUCGGGGAGAGAGAUUGGACAAGUGUUCUCCACGAGGAAGAGGGCGACGCCAAGGACUUUCCACAGCAACUGCUUUUGGGGUGUCUCCACAACUUGGAAGUGACCUUCGUGGUGCGUGGCCGGAGGUGUGCUCGGUGCUCGUGCAGCGGCUGCUGUCCCGGAGCGACUCCGAGCUGUCCUUCCUCCCGAGCUGGCAAUGGCUAGCGAAAACAAGAAUGUCCCUUCCCCGCCACCAACAGGUGAUGACGGGGGAGGUGGAGGGAAAGCAGAAGAAACCCUUGCAGAAGGGGGUGCACUGUCCCUGAAACCAGGACUCCCCAUCAGGGGCAUUCGAAUGAAAUUCGCCGUGUUGACCGGGCUGGUGGAAGUUGGAGAAGUAUCCAACAGGGACAUCGUGGAAACUGUCUUUAACCUGCUUGUAGGAGGGCAGUUUGAUUUGGAAAUGAAUUUUAUCAUUCAAGAAGGUGAGAGUAUCAUCUGCAUGGUGGACCUACUGGAAAAAUGUGACAUUACUUGCCAAGCAGAAGUCUGGAGCAUGUUUACUGCCAUCCUGAAGAAAAGCAUACGAAAUCUUCAUGUCUGCACUGAAGUAGGCCUUGUUGAAAAAGUGCUUGGGAAAAUUGAGAAAGUUGACAAUAUGAUAGCAGAUCUUUUAGUUGACAUGUUGGGAGUGCUGGCUAGCUAUAAUUUGACAGUUCGAGAACUAAAGCUAUUCUUCAGUAAACUUCAAGGAGAUAAAGGACAAUGGCCUCCACAUGCUGGGAAGUUGUUGUCUGUGUUAAAGCACGUACCUCAGAAAUAUGGUCCUGAUGCCUUUUUCAACUUUCCUGGAAAGAGUGCUGCAGCUAUUGCAUUACCUCCUAUAGCCAAAUGGCCCUACCAGAAUGGUUUUACAUUUCAUACCUGGCUUAGAAUGGAUCCUGUAAAUAACAUCAAUGUGGAUAAGGAUAAACCAUAUCUGUAUUGUUUUAGAACCAGCAAAGGUCUUGGUUAUUCUGCUCACUUUGUUGGAGGCUGUUUGAUUAUAACAUCAAUAAAGUCAAAAGGAAAAGGCUUCCAGCACUGUGUGAAAUUUGAUUUCAAACCACAAAAGUGGUAUAUGGUGACUAUAGUGCACAUUUAUAACCGAUGGAAGAAUAGUGAGCUUCGAUGUUACGUGAAUGGUGAGCUUGCUUCCUAUGGAGAGAUAACAUGGUUUGUGAACACUAGUGAUACAUUUGACAAGUGUUUCCUGGGUUCAUCAGAAACAGCAGAUGCUAAUAGAGUAUUCUGUGGUCAGAUGACUGCAGUAUACCUUUUUAGUGAAGCUCUUAAUGCUGCUCAGAUUUUUGCCAUUUAUCAGCUGGGCCUGGGAUACAAGGGUACAUUUAAAUUCAAAGCAGAAAGUGACCUGUUCCUUGCUGAGCAUCAUAAACUUUUAUUGUAUGAUGGCAAACUCUCCAGUGCCAUUGCUUUCACGUACAAUCCACGCGCUACAGAUGCCCAGCUCUGCCUGGAAUCUUCCCCUAAGGACAGCCCUUCAAUUUUUGUUCAUUCACCACAUGCACUCAUGCUCCAGGAUGUGAAGGCAGUUUUAACACAUUCUAUCCAAAGUGCAAUGCAUUCCAUUGGAGGAGUGCAAGUGCUCUUUCCUCUCUUUGCUCAGUUGGAUUACAGUCAACAUUUAUCUGAGGAGGUUGACUUGACUAUAUGUUCAACUUUGCUCUCUUUUAUCAUGGAGUUGUUGAAGAACUCAGUUGCUAUGCAGGAGCAGAUGCUUGCCUGCAAGGGCUUCUUGGUAAUAGGAUAUAGUCUUGAAAAGUCUUCCAAAUCCCAUGUCAGCAGAGCAGUGCUUGAACUUUGCCUUGCAUUUUCAAAAUAUCUGAGUAAUCUGCCAAAUGGGAUGCCUCUGCUCAAGCAAUUGUGUGAUCACAUUCUUCUUAACCCAGCUAUAUGGAUUCAUACACCAGCCAAGGUUCAGUUGACACUCUAUACUUACCUGUCCACGGAAUUCAUCAGCACAGUCACCAUCUACAAUGCCAUUCGGAGAGUUGGGACAGUGCUUCUCAUCAUGCAUACAUUGAAGCACUACUAUUGGGCAGUGAAUCCUCAGGAUCGAAGUGGUAUCACCCCAAAAGGAUUAGAUGGACCACGACCUAAUCAAAAAGAAAUACUUUCUUUACGAGCUUUCUUACUGAUGUUCAUUAAGCAAUUAGUGAUGAAGGAUUCUGGAGUAAAGGAAGAUGAACUACAGGCCAUUCUUAAUUAUCUACUCACUAUGCAUGAGGAUGACAAUCUAAUGGAUGUCCUACAGUUGCUUGUUGCGUUAAUGUCAGAACAUCCUAACUCUAUGAUUCCUGCUUUUGACCAAAGGAAUGGGUUACGUGUUAUCUAUAAACUUUUGGCAUCGACAAGCGAAGGAAUCAGAGUACAAGCUCUCAAGGCAAUGGGCUAUUUUUUAAAACACCUGGCCCCAGAAAGAAAAACUGAAGUCAUGCUUGGGCAUGGAUUGUUUUCAUUGCUAGCUGAAAGACUCAUGCUUCAGACAAAUUUAAUCACAAUGACCACAUAUAAUGUGCUGUUUGAGAUUCUUAUAGAACAGAUUUGUACUCAAGUGAUACAUAAACAGCAUCCAGAUCCUGAUUCUUCAGUAAAGAUACAAAAUCCUCAAAUACUAAAAGUAAUUGCGACACUACUUCGAAAUUCCCCCCAGUGUCCAGAGAGCAUGGAAGUUCGCAGAGCCUUUCUUUCUGACAUGAUUAAACUUUUCAAUAACAGUAGGGAAAACAGAAGGCGCUUGCUACAGUGCUCUGUGUGGCAAGAGUGGAUGCUUUCUCUCUGUUAUUUUAAUCCCAAGAAUUCAGAUGAGCAGAAGAUAACAGAAAUGGUAUAUGCCAUAUUCAGAAUCCUCCUCUAUCAUGCAGUCAAAUAUGAGUGGGGUGGCUGGCGUGUGUGGGUGGACACCUUAUCAAUCACACAUUCAAAGGUCACUUUUGAAAUACACAAAGAGAACCUUGCUAAUGUGUUUAGGGAACACCAGGGAAAAAUUGAUGAAGAAGCAGGACAGUGUUCUUCAAGCCUGGUUCAAGCUGUUGCUAGUAGUAGUGGGGAUGUUGACAUUUCAGAAGGAUCUCAGCAGUCAGAUGUGAAGAAUUCUCCUGUGUCUCCUCACAUGGCCAGAAACAGUGAUGAAAAGUCAAGUAUUGAGAACACAACUUCAGUAGAAUCUGCACCCAACAAUGAACUGCAAACUCCUACAACCUUGGAUGAAGAAGAGAAAACUGGACACAAAAAUCAGGAGUUAAUGGAUGAAAUUGCUUUAGAAGAAACACCAAUGAAGGAAACAGUGAAUACAGGUGAUUUAGAAGCAUCUUCUGACAUAGUAGAAUCUGUCACUAUUUCCUCCAAUUCUUUUAAAACAACUGACAAAGAUAUAAUGACUGUCAGUGAAAUAACUGCUUCUAUAAGUUCUCCUUCAGAAGAGGAUGCUUCAGAGGUGCCAGAAUUUUUGGAUAAGUCUAUAGCAGAGGAAGAAGAUGAUGAUGAUUAUGUAGAACUGAAGGUGGAAAGUAGUCCUACUGAGGAAAUCAGUUUACCCACAGAACUCCAGGAUAAUAGUUUGUCUCCAGCUGCAUCUGAAGUCAGUGAAAGACUGGACGUGUUCAGUAAUGAACACAAAUUAAUACUUGAAGCGGAAGAAUCCAUUAGUAAGAAGCAAAUGGAUACUGAAACCCAAGAUUCUAAAGAUUGUGGAGUCUUGACUAUGACAGCAUCAGGAUCUUCAACUACCUCACCAGACAUUACGGCUUCCCAGACAACAGUACAAUCAGAAGUUGGUCAGAUGCUUGAGGAAGGGAAGAAAAGGACUGGAGAAAACCAAUCAAGUAGUAAUUCUCAUGGUAGUAAUUCUGAAUCUCCUACUACCUCUGAGAAGAGGAUUGCUAAAUUGGAUGUUUCCAGUGUUGCUACAGAUACUGAGAGACUGGAAUUGAAGGCCAGCACAAAUGUGGAAGCAUCUCAACCUCAUCAGCCUGUGCUAGAGAUGUCAAGGCAACAGGAGCGGCCAGGCCAGGGAGUAGCGUCAGAUGCAGUUAAUGGACAAAGAAGGGAUUCCAGAUCUUCUAUGUUCCGUAUUCCCGAGUUCAAGUGGUCUCAUACACACCAGCGUUUGCUCACUGAUCUGUUAUUUUCAAUAGAAACAGAUAUACAAAUGUGGAGAAGCCAUUCAACAAAGACAGUUAUGGACUUUGUGAAUAGCAGUGAUAAUGUCAUCUUUGUACACAACACAAUUCAUCUCAUCUCUCAAGUGAUGGACAACAUGGUCAUGGCUUGUGGGGGUAUACUGCCAUUGCUUUCAGCUGCUACGUCGGCUACACAUGAACUGGAGAAUAUUGAACCUACUCAAGGCCUUUCAAUAGAAGCCUCUGUGACAUUUUUGCAGAGGUUAAUCAGCCUUGUGGAUGUGCUUAUAUUUGCAAGUUCUCUAGGCUUUACUGAAAUUGAAGCUGAAAAAAAUAUGUCAUCUGGAGGAAUUUUGCGGCAGUGUCUCCGACUAGUGUGUGCAGUGGCAGUAAGGAAUUGCUUAGAGUGUCAGCAGUAUUCACAACUGAAAAUGAGAGGGGAUGCAGCGAAAAGUCAGAAAACAAUACACAGCCUGAUUUCCAUGGGAAAAUCUGCAGCCAAGAGUCCUGUGGACAUUGUAACUGGUGGUAUAUCUCCAGUAAGAGAUCUUGACAGACUCCUACAAGACAUGGAUAUCAGUCGACUUAGGGCUGUUGUCUUCAGAGACAUAGAGGAUAGUAAACAAGCUCAGUUUUUAGCUUUGGCAGUUGUAUACUUUAUCUCUGUUCUCAUGGUCUCAAAGUACAGAGACAUUUUGGAACCCCAAAAUGAAAGACGGAGCCAGUCAGUUAAGGAAACUGGGUGUGAAAGUGGGAAUUUAUCAGUCCCUGAUGUAGAAAACAUACCAUUAACUCCAGCAUCUGUGGAAGAAUCUGAAAGCACAUCAUCUGCUCCAAGGAGGGACUCAGGCAUUGGGGAAGAACCAGCUACCGGUUUAGGAGGUAGUAUGGACACAGCAACUCACACGGCACCUUCAAGUGUCAUUGCAGGCCCAGAUGCCAUCAGUGAAGUGUUAUGCACUCUUUCUUUAGAAGUCAAUAAAUCUCAGGAAACAAAAAAUGAUGGAGAAGAUGAGUUAGAUAAUAAGCCUGGACCAUCAGUUUCAGUUUCAAAAAAUGUCAACGUGAAGGACAUUCUCCGAAGCUUGGUGAAUAUACCAGCAGAUGGAGUCACGGUGGAUCCUGCCCUUCUGCCAUCAGCCUGCCUUGGAGCUCUUGGUGAUCUAUCUGUUGAACAACCUGUGCAGUUCAGAUCUUUUGACAGAAGUGUCAUCAUUGCAACAAAAAAAUCAGCGGUCUUACCUUCUGCGUCUACUGCGAGUGUACCUACGAAUGCAGUCAGUGUGGUUUCUUCAGUAGAUUCAGGCCAAACCUCAGAUGUGGCAGGAGAAUCACCUGGUGGAAGAUCAUCGAAUGCAAAAUUGCCCUCAGUUCCAACAGUUGGCUCAGUUCUACAAGACCAAAUUUCAAAUAUGAGUAUUACAGAGAGGCUUGAACAUGCUUUGGAAAAGGCAGCUCCUCUACUGCGAGAAAUUUUUGUUGAUUUUGCACCUUUUCUUUCUCGGACACUUUUGGGUAGUCAUGGACAAGAACUCCUUAUAGAAGGGACAAGUCUUGUAUGCAUGAAGUCUAGUAGCUCAGUUGUGGAAUUGGUUAUGCUACUGUGUUCUCAGGAGUGGCAGAAUUCUAUUCAGAAGAAUGCAGGACUUGCUUUUAUUGAACUUGUCAAUGAAGGAAGGUUGCUUAGCCAAACAAUGAAGGAUCAUCUAGUAAGAGUAGCAAAUGAAGCUGAAUUUAUCCUGAGCAGGCAGAGAGCAGAGGAUAUUCACAGACAUGCGGAAUUUGAGUCACUGUGUGCUCAGUAUUCUGCUGACAAACGAGACGAUGAGAAGAUGUGUGAUCAUUUGAUAAGAGCAGCUAAAUAUCGAGACCAUGUGACAGCAACUCAGCUAAUCCAGAAGAUUAUCAACAUCCUCACAGACAAGCAUGGAGCCUGGGGAAAUUCUGCAGUGAGUCGUCCUCGUGAGUUCUGGCGCCUUGACUACUGGGAAGAUGACUUGCGGCGCCGGCGACGAUUUGUGCGUAACCCUCUAGGAUCGACACAUCCUGAAGCGACACUAAAAACAGCCGUGGAACAUGCUGCAGAUGAAGAUAUCCUUGCUAAAGGAAAACAGUCCAUCAAGAGUCAGGCUUUAGGAAAUCAGAACUCAGAGAAUGAGAUCCUCCUGGAAGGUGACGACGAUACUCUGUCAUCCGUGGAUGAGAAAGAUUUAGAAAAUUUCACCGGUCCUGUUAGCCUGAGCACACCAGCCCAGCUUGUGGCCCCCUCUGUUGUAGUAAAGGGAACUCUUUCUGUUACCUCCUCCGAACUCUAUUUCGAGGUGGAUGAAGAGGAUACUAACUUCAAGAAAAUCGACCCCAAGAUUCUGGCAUAUACUGAAGGCCUGCAUGGAAAAUGGCUAUUUACAGAGAUACGAUCAGUCUUCUCUCGUCGUUACCUUUUACAAAAUACAGCUCUGGAAAUCUUCAUGGCAAACAGAGUUGCUAUAAUGUUCAACUUCCCAGACCCUGCAACAGUAAAGAAAGUGGUUAACUAUCUACCUCGUGUUGGUAUUGGAACCAGUUUUGGAUUGCCUCAAACCAGGCGUAUCUCAUUAGCUAGUCCACGUCAACUAUUUAAAGCUUCUAACAUGACCCAGAGAUGGCAACACAGAGAAAUUUCAAAUUUUGAAUACUUGAUGUUUCUCAAUACAAUAGCAGGACGGAGUUAUAAUGACUUAAAUCAGUACCCAGUGUUUCCCUGGGUCAUCACCAAUUACGAAUCAGAAGAACUGGACCUUACCUUGCCAAGUAAUUUUAGAGAUUUGUCCAAGCCAAUAGGAGCAUUGAAUCCAAAAAGAGCAGCAUUCUUUGCAGAGCGUUAUGAAUCUUGGGAAGAUGACCAAGUUCCAAAGUUCCACUAUGGUACUCAUUACUCAACUGCAAGUUUUGUUCUUGCAUGGCUGCUGAGAAUAGAGCCCUUCACAACUUAUUUCCUAAAUUUGCAAGGAGGGAAAUUUGAUCAUGCAGACCGAACUUUUUCAUCUAUUUCCAGAGCUUGGCGAAACAGUCAGCGGGAUACAUCGGAUAUUAAGGAGUUGAUCCCUGAGUUUUAUUAUCUCCCUGAGAUGUUUGUCAACUUCAAUAAUUAUAAUCUUGGAGUGAUGGAUGAUGGAACAGUAGUAUCUGAUGUUGAACUUCCUCCUUGGGCCAAAACCUCAGAAGAAUUUGUUCGCAUAAACAGAUUGGCCCUGGAGAGUGAGUUUGUUUCUUGCCAGCUUCACCAAUGGAUUGAUCUUAUUUUUGGUUAUAAACAGCAAGGACCAGAGGCUGUUCGUUCCCUCAAUGUGUUCUAUUACUUGACCUAUGAAGGAGCUGUCAAUCUGAACUCAAUAACUGAUCCUAUACUAAGAGAGGCCAUUGAAGCUCAAAUCCGAAGUUUUGGUCAGACACCGUCUCAGCUACUCAUAGAGCCCCAUCCUCCUAGAGGUUCUGCCAUGCAAGUGAGUCCAUUGAUGUUCACAGACCAAGCCCAGCAGGAUGUUAUCAUGGUCCUAAAGUUCCCCUCCAACUCUCCUGUCACUCAUGUGGCAGCCAACACCCAGCCUGGUCUGGCCACACCCGCUGUGAUCACAGUCACUGCUAACAGGCUUUUCGCUGUGAAUAAGUGGCACAACCUUCCCGCUCAUCAAGGUGCUGUACAAGACCAGCCAUACCAGCUGCCAGUGGAAAUCGAUCCUCUCAUAGCCAGCAAUACAGGAAUGCACAGGAGGCAAAUCACUGACCUUUUAGACCAAAGUAUUCAAGUCCAUUCCCAGUGCUUUGUCAUCACUUCAGACAACCGCUAUAUUCUUAUUUGUGGCUUCUGGGAUAAGAGUUUCCGAGUCUAUUCUACAGACACAGGAAAAUUGGUCCAAGUGGUGUUUGGCCAUUGGGAUGUUGUAACUUGCCUCACUCGUUCUGAAUCAUAUAUUGGGGGAAAUUGCUACAUUCUCUCAGGGUCACGUGAUGCAACCCUUCUGCUCUGGUACUGGAAUGGAAAAAGCAGUGGGAUUGGAGAUAACCCAGGCAGUGAGACCACCACUCCCCGGGCCAUUUUGACAGGACACGACUAUGAGAUCACGUGUGCCGCCAUCUGUGCUGAGCUCGGCCUGGUAUUGAGUGGCUCUAAAGAAGGACCGUGUCUCAUACAUUCCAUGAAUGGAGACUUAUUGAGGACUUUGGAGGGUCCUGAAAAUUGCCUGAAACCAAAACUCAUUCAGGCGUCAAGAGAGGGCCACUGUGUCAUAUUCUAUGAGAACGGCUGCUUCUGCACCUUCAGCGUGAACGGGAAACUCCAGGCCACAGUGGAGACGGAUGACAACAUCAGGGCCAUCCAGCUGAGCCGGGACGGGCAGUACCUGCUCACCGGGGGCGACCACGGGGUGGUCGUGGUCUGGCAAGUGUCUGACCUCAAGCAGCUCUUCUCCUACCCGGGCUGCGACGCGGGCGUCCGGGCCAUGGCGCUGUCCUACGACCAGAGGUGCAUCAUUUCUGGCAUGGCCUCAGGAAGCAUCGUUCUGUUCUACAAUGACUUUAACCGGUGGCAUCAUGAAUACCAAACCCGCUACUGAUGGUCGUGCUGCCUGGCCCUGGCCGAGGUGGGGGAAGGACCCCAGAGCAUCUUUCUCUUAGAGAAGCUAUCACAUCUGAAUGUAACUUAAAUUUGCCCUAAACAGUGAAAAUAUUUUUUAAAGUUAAUUGCUAUUUUUGUAGACUUUGCUUGACUUUUUUGGGGGUAUAUAGCAAAGCAGAAAACUGGCUGCUGGGUUCUGUAGUUUUAAAAAAAAUCUAUAUUUUUAGUCAUAACAAGAAGUCUAUUUUCACCAAUUAUGGAAACGUACCGUGGGGCGAUUAAACCCACUUAUUCUAGCUCUGUUAUGAAAAGAAGUCCCCUUUAUCUGUUAUCUUGGAAAAUAUAUGAUUUUAAUAGUAGGGAAGGGGGUUAAUCCUGGGAUAGAGGGGAAUUUUAUGCUGUACUUUGGGUCCUGUAUUUUUCCAAACGUGCGUGCUGUUUCAGCACUGGAGUUUCUGGGAUUUAAAUGGUAAUGUUUAAAUUAUAAUAAAUGUAAUUUAAAACAUCUCAAUGAAUGAUUUCUGUCAAUAUUAUUCCUCAAGCAUGUUCUAGACCUAGAAAAUCAUGGUUUGGGAGAGGCUUUUUUUAGUUUACUGUGUGGUUAGUGUAGAAAAGCUAAUGUUAUAGUAAGUGUGAGAUACGACGAUGUUUUCCUGACCUGUUGUCUUCAUCGCACACCAAAAUGAAAUGGCAAUGCUCCUGGGUGCACUACUUUUGUUUUCUUCUCAAGUAAAUGCAAGUACCAAAGCUCACCCCGAGGGCUGCCUGUGCGCGUGCACGGCGCUCCCCGCCUCGGGUCUGAGACUAGAGGCUGCCAGGUGCUGUAUCCAGCAACCCCCCUUUUACUGUCUGUUAUUAAACCUCACUUUCCUUUUUUGACUAGCAAUUUGUACUAAGAAACAAUGUUAUUUUGGCGUUGUACAAUUCUACUUUUCUAGUAGAUUGCUGUGUGGAAUUCUGUGAAAAAUAUUUGAGAAAAGCUCUGUAUUGCCUAAAUAAAUUCUUUGUAAGUUGUGAACUCUGCGUGAAAGCGGAC